GUGUUUUGUUGAGCUUAAAUAUCUAUUUCCGUUUUUAAUUUUUAUAUUAAUCUUUUAAAAUAAACUAUAAAAAAAUUGAUGGAAGAUACAAGUAGGAGACCACAAUUUGGUAAUAGAUUGCUUGAAAAUGUGGAUGAGGUCUUCAAACACAAUGCUUGGGAUAAUGUACAAUGGGAUGCCAACCAAGAAAAAGCAGCUGCAGAGAAAGUUGAACAGAACUCUGUAGUGACAUUUUCUGAGCACCACUUAAAGGAUUUGGAAGAAAAUGCUGAUAAACAUUGGGAUGCAUUCUAUGACAUACAUCAAAAUAGGUUUUUUAAAGAUCGCCACUGGCUAUUUACUGAGUUUCCCGAGCUAGCCCCCGAUUACAAUGCAGCCCCAGUUAGAGUAUUUCCAGGCACUGAAACUAGUGGAGGAACAGCUACACAUAAAAAUGAUGAGAAAAAAAAUCAUGAUUUUAAAAAUUGUAAGCGCUACAUUUUCGAAAUUGGGUGUGGAGUGGGAAAUACUAUAUUUCCAAUACUGCAGUACAGCCAAGACCCAAAUUUAUUUAUUUAUGGUUGUGAUUUUUCAUCAAAGGCUAUAGAAAUUAUGAAACAGAAUGAAUUAUACGACACAAAGAGAUGUGAAGUUUUUGUAUUGGAUGCUACUUCCAAAGAUUGGCAAGUUCCGUUCUCAGAGAACUCGCUAGAUAUUAUUGUUUUAAUUUUUGUACUGUCUGCAAUAGAACCUUCUAAGAUGACAAAUGUUGUUAAACAUAUUUACAAAUAUCUACGACCAGGAGGCCUUAUUGUUUUUCGAGACUAUGGACGAUAUGACUUAGCACAAUUAAGAUUCAAAAAGGGACGUUGUAUUUCAGACAAUUUUUAUGCACGAGGAGACAAAACUAUGGUUUAUUUUUUUACACAAGAAGAAAUUUCAAAGCUUUUUACAAAUGAAGGAUUUGUAGAGGAACAAAACUUAAUAGAUAGAAGACUUCAAGUAAACAGAGGCAAGAUGUUGACAAUGUACAGAGUCUGGAUACAAGCAAAAUAUCGAAAACCUUUAUAACAUUUAAGCUCAAUGUUAAUCAUUAUUAUAAUAUACGUAGUUAACAAAAAAUA